UCGAAGUGCUAAGCAACAUUUAGUUUAAUAACAAAUGAAAAUAAAAUUAACAUAAAAUAAAAUAAAAAAAAGUUUGUGGCCAAAAUGUUUGUCGAACUGCUCUUGGGUAUUUUGGUCGUGGCUAUAAUCGCAGAUACCCUCAGUAAACGGCGACGCAAUCUAAUGUUAGAGAAGGCUGGCAUUCGUGGACCAAAACCUGUGCCCAUUUUGGGAAAUCUCUUACAGCUACUGGACAACAACAAAUCCAGUAUCUUCAAUGUCAUGGACAACUUUACAUCCAAAUAUGGUAGCAUAGUACGCCUAUGGAUGGCCAACCACUGCAUUCUGAUUGUUCGUGAUGUGAAAGUUUUUGAAGAUGUCUUCAAAAGUUCUCGCCUUAUUACCAAAAAUAGUCACUAUGGCUUAUUGGAGGUUUGGUUGGGUGACGGACUGUUGAUGAGUAGUGGAUCCAAAUGGUUUUCGAGGCGCAAGAUUAUCACGCCAACAUUUCAUUUUAAAAUCUUGGAAGAAUUUGUAGAGAUCUUCGAUCAGCAGAGUACGGUCUUGAUCAAGCGUCUAAUGGAGAAAGCCGAUGGCAAGACUGUUGUCCGCAUGUUUCCCUAUGUUUGCCUCAUGGCCUUGGAUAUCAUAACGGAGACGGCCAUGGGGGUGAAGGUCCAUGCCCAAGAAAAUCCAGAAUUUCCCUAUUCCAAAGCAUUAACUGAAACCUCCUCCAUUAUGUCGGAUCGUUUGAUCAAACCUUUUGAUCGUUUCGAUGGCUAUUACCGCAUCUUCCACAACCGAAAAUAUCACCAUCUGCAAGAGUGCAUUAAAAUUAUGCACAACUUUACGGAUCAGAUUAUUGCAGAACGUCGUGAGGCUUUACAAAAAUCCCUUAAAAAGAAAAUGCUUCAGCCCGUAGGCAGUGCCGAUGAAAUGGGCAUCAAGAAACGUAUGGCUCUCCUCGAUGUGCUGCUGCAAUCCACAGUCGAUGGCAAACCACUGAGCGAUAUGGAUAUUCGCGAAGAGGUGGAUACUUUUAUGUUUGGCGGCCACGACACUACGACGAGUAGUAUUUCUUUUACUCUCCACCUCCUGUCUCGUCAUCCAGAGAUACAAGAGAAGGUGCUCGAGGAGAUUUACAGCGUUAUUGGAGAAGAUAAAGAGAAACCGGUGACCAUGAAGGAUUUACAUGAAUUAAAAUAUUUGGAAUGUGUCAUAAAGGAAAGUUUGCGUUUGUAUCCAUCCGUGCCGAUGAUUGGACGUUUUAUCGAAGAGGAUAUUGUAUUGAAUGGCAUCACCAUACCGGCCAACACCAACAUUACCCUUCUUAUGUAUGCCGCCAUGAAAGAUCCCGAAAAUUUCCCCAAACCCGAAGAAUUUCUGCCCGAACGUUUUAUGUGCACUGAUGAUGCGAAUAAAAUAAAUCCCUUUGCCUAUGUACCCUUCAGUGCUGGACCGCGUAACUGCAUUGGGCAGAAAUUUGCCAUGGCUGAAAUGAAGAGUACCAUCAGUAAAAUUUUACGUCACUUUGAGUUGCUACCCUUAGGUGAGGAGGUGAAACCUUUUGUGAAGUUGGUUUUGGGUUCUGAAACUGAUGCGCAAUUGGGUUUGAAGCCUCGGACCUAAUUGUGAGAUUAAUCAACUAGAAUGAUAAACAUAAUUGAUAUUAAAUAUUUUGUAAGAAACAAAUACAUUGUUUUUCUACUGACCGAUUAAAAUUUCUCUCUC